UCCAAAUAUGCCUCAGGCACAAGGCAGCCAAGAAGAGCUGAAGCGGCUGCAAGAAAGAGGGAAUGCGGGCGAAAGGCACUCGUUCUUACCAAAUUCGGGGAAGACCCUGGGGAACGGGAAAUUUCAAGCCCUUUAUUGAAAGGAAGUCCUCUGAAACGAAGAAUAAACGAUCCCACAAAGCUGCAGCAUAAUGUACCACGGGGGAACAUCCAUUUAAGACCCCGCAGAUCCCUUCCCGGGUGCCAGAAUCUUCUUUGCGCUCAUACCACAAUGAUCUUCCUUGUUCUCUUUGCCUGGGUUGUGCCUUGCAUAGCCAACCAGCUUCUCAGCAGCUUUCUAAAAGCAGAAGGUUCCAGGCAACUCAUAUGCAGUGUGCCAGGACCACAAGGUCCUCCUGGUGCCCCUGGACCUCCAGGGGCCCCUGGAAAUAUUGGAAGGAUGGGCUUCCCAGGAAAGGAUGGACAAGAUGGAAAAGAUGGGGAGAAAGGAGAGAAGGGAGAGGAAGGUCCACAAGGCAAAACAGGAAAUGCAGGCAAACAAGGACCAAAAGGAAAAGCAGGGGCCAUUGGCAAAGCUGGGCCCCGGGGCCCAAAGGGUCCAAAGGGAAACCCUGGGAAAAGCGGUGGACAAGGAAAGAAAGGCCCCAAAGGAGCACAAGGAGAUCUCGGGAUGCCAGGCCCUUGCAACUGCAGGGCUAAGAAAGCCAGGUCUGCUUUCUCUGUUGCUGUGACCAAAAGCUACCCAAGAGAAAGGCUGCCCAUCAAAUUUGACAGGGUCCUUAUGAAUGAAGGUGGAAAUUACAACACCUCUAGUGGAAAGUUCAUAUGCAGCAUCCCUGGCAUCUACUACUUCACCUAUGAUAUCACAUUGGCCAAUAAACACUUGGCUAUCGGACUUGUGCACAACGGCCAAUACAGGAUAAAAACAUUUGAUGCCAACACGGGGAACCAUGACGUUGCUUCUGGAUCCACCAUCCUUUCAUUGAAACAGAAUGACGAAGUCUGGUUGCAGAUAUUCUACUCUGAACAGAACGGACUCUUUUAUGAUCCCUACUGGACAGAUAGCCUUUUCACUGGCUUUCUCAUAUAUGCUGACCAGGAUUAUCUCAAUGAACUAUAAGGGGAAAUUGUCAACACCAACCAACCCUGACUGAACAUGGAGCCUGAAAAUGUACAGCUAUAAUGUAUAUUUGUUUUUUGUUUUCUUCAAACCUCCCUGUUUGGAAAACAGACCUAACCAGGACAGUUGACCAAAGCUACUACUAGUGCUAUAAUAUUUAUAGAUCUGCAAAAUCACUGUUUUUCUUAGUCUCGGCCUGUGCAACUUGUUAAACAAUAAUAUUUGUCAGUAAACUGGGUGUGGAAAUAAUUAAUGUAAAGGUGUUUGGAAGUAUGUAUGUAUUAUGUGCCAUUAAGUAAAUUCUGAUUU